AUGAUGCUUGUUAUCUCAGGCGCGAUCCUAGUGUACGGCCUUAAUCUCACUACUUCGAAGCAAUGUCGGGCUUCGAUCACAGUGUGUCUAUUCUUGUACUUCUCUUCGAAGGUAUUACUAUACAUAUUCUAUCUGGAGAGGAUACACAUUGCACGCCAGCCUCUCGCGCGAAGACACAACAGGAUAUGGAUUGGCGGCAUGAUCAUGACCAUUGGUUUUUUUGGCGGCAUGGCUGUCUGGUGCAUCGCCACACCUCACUCUGCUAUCAAUGUACACGAUGGUCAUUGUCGAAUCGGAAGCGACAUGAUACCAUCGUACACGACCUUUUCCACUGACAUCGUUAUCAACUUUUCACUCACAGGCGUCUUCAUCUGGCUAAUUUCACCUGUCCUAAAUAAUCAAGGACGAGGAACAGCAAGGGUCAUGGACGGAAUGUCGUGGCCUCCUGCUCUUGGUCCAUUCGCACUCAGGGGAGUCCUAAGCAGCAAUAUCGAGAGAGACGAUCCACUUGCUUUGAGCAUGAAGAGAAUGCUUAGGAGAAAUAUCAUUGGAUCUAUCUUGACUUUCGCAGCCGGCGCAAUCAACCUGAUUAUCUACUUUGUUGAUGCGACUAGUCAGAUCGCAUUUGUGUGUUACACAAUGUGCAUCCUCGACGUAGUUUUUGGAGUGCUGGUCGUCCAAUGGUUAACGUUUGGAUCACACGAAUCAGAGAUGAAUCUUAAUCAACCGCCUGGUCCCGCUAAUCGCACGAUGUCUGACCACAUCACCAUCUCCACAAAAGAAUCAAGACAGGAAGCAGAACAUAACAUUAGCUUUAUCACUAUGUCUAACAACCUUACUACAUAG